GCUAGAAGUCGCUAUAACUUUGUCAACACUGACAUCUGGUUCAGUCAUUCCACUCUAGAAUGAAAUUGGGAAUGCACCAGUGAGAAUUAAAUCAUGCGAGCAACGGGCUUUUAAUGCAUACGUAAAUCAUAUAGCCAUGUAACUAGAGACAUUUGUAAAACACUGCUUCGUUUGGGGGUUACAGACACUUUACAAGGGGGAUCACGCGGGUGAACCUGGCAACCUCACUGACUCCACCAGGGUGCUGUCUACACAGUGAACGAGAAAACUAGCUAGCUACAGCCGGUCGCCGAUUGUCACUGUGAUUAUAUUAAAACACUAAGAUUGAUAAGGCGACGUCGAUUCAGAUUACAACCCGUUUAAAAUAUUAAACUAUGUACAGCAAUCCGUAAUUUACGCCUGGAAGCCUUUCCUGCCGAGCUGAUAAUGCUGAAAAUGAAGCUUCCGAUGAGAACGGCGGGCGAAGGUGGAGACGAUACUGCCGAAGACGAGCUGGAACAACCCGAUCUCCAUAUUCCCAGAUCGGUCUCUCCCUCGGUCCCGGAUAGAUUCGAGGAUUCGCCCCGACUGGGAAUACAUCCAUCUCAGUUAGAUAAAGAGACCGUAUUCGAGUGGUUUGGUUUGCACCUGAAUUCUGCGAAGAGGGUUGAGUUUAUGUGCGGACUGCUGCAUAUGUGUCAGCCGUUGGAGCUCCGCUUUUUAGGAUCCUGUUUAGAGGAUCUUGCACGAAAAGAUUAUCACGUUCUACGGGACUUUGAAAACAGGGCAAAUACCCCUAACGAUUUGGGUAUUUUGUCUGACGCUAUUGACCCAGUUGUUCGGUCCAAACUGCUCGUCUGUCUGUCUCUGCUCGGGUCUGACAGUAGAGAAUGUGCGGGGAUACUCUUUCGGAUACUGAGCCAUGUGGAUCCCGCUUCGUUCUACAAAAACUAUGGCUACUCUUCAUUUAGGGACCCACAUCAUAACUUGGUUCACCCACCGUGCCCGGACGGGAACAUAUACGGGAGAUCGGAACAAAAUAGGAUGGAGGCAGCGACUGGGCCACUGGAGCAGUUGGCGCUGCUUUUUACAAUGGCCUCACUGCACCCAGCUUUCCCUUUUCACCAGAGGGAAACGAUAAGGAUGCAGCUUGACAAAAUUGAACAUGCAAUGGAAGAAGACAGGAAGCAAAAUCAGCACAGAAUAAAUGCACAGCUCCAGGUGACCCAUAAACCGGAGUACCUGCCCCCAGGGAUGGUGGAGGGGAGCCCAGGGGAGCCUCGUCACUCCGGCCAGAACCCCCCCAGCAGGAGGGCUCAGAGAGAGACAGUGCACAUUGAGAGGAUCGUCCUGAAGGGAAUCUCCGGGAAGAACUCCUGCAAAAUCGACAGGGAAUACAAUUUUGAGGUGACGUGGUCCAACUCCUCUUCCACCAAGGUGACCAAGACACACCUGGAGCUGGAGAACUUCCUGCUGAAGCUGCCGAAGGAGCAGAGUGCAGAGUGGUUUGAGAAGAGCCUCUUGUGUCUGCUCAGCCAUGCAGACGUGCACGAGACCAGGGAGGUGGAGCGCACUCUCAGAGAGAAGCUUCUGUCGGCUCCACAGUCUUUCAGACAGACCAGGAAGGUCUGCAGCUUCUUUCGCUUCGACUCCAACCUCCUCUGCAGCAAAUGUAGUCAUAUUGUUUUGGGGAAGGCCUACAAAGAGGACUGCUCAGAAGUUUCCAGCCAAGAGGAAGACUUUGAGCCAUAUUUACAAGGACAAAGGAAGAAACUUGGGAGUAAAAGCCCCAGUCUAGGUGCCAAAGGUCCCCAGGGGGAGAGCCGGAGGGCGGGCCACGGGGCGGAGCUGAACGGCCAGCCGGAGUGGAGGAGGCGGAGCUGCUCUCUGAAGGCGUCUCAGGAGCACGGUGACCUGGGCACGGAGCAGGAUGGCGAGAGGAGGAACUGCAAGAACAGGCCCCGCCCACAGGCACCCGACAGGGAGAAGGAAGGCAGACCCGCCUGUCUGACCAACGGGGGCAUGGCGUUGCCGUUGCCACGACGAGGGCGAGAGAGCCGAGACGGAGGUGUGGGGUCUGGACAGGAUCCGUACGGGUCGAUGUCGUCCGAGAGCUACAGCUCUCCCUCCAGCCCCCUGCGUGACGGACGGGAGAGCCUGGACAGCGAGGACGAAAAGAACAAAGACACUGACAGCCACUCUGAUGACUCCAGUAAAGGAGGCCCAGACGGCUCCUUCUUCCCCCGCCAGCAGGAGGCGAUCGUCGGCUCCGGGGCCUCCACGCACCCCCUGUCCUCCGGCUGCACCAAGCCCGGCCUGGAAGCCCUCGCUCGGGACCCCAGCCCCCAGUUCCCCCCUCUCUCCUUCAUGCACCCCAUGCCCUACAUGCUGCCCAACGGGGCUGUGCACCCCGAGGCGCCACACCCUGCAGCCCCUCCCCCGGACGCCAAGGCCUCGGGUGGGGCCCUGAUGAUCCCCGUGGCCCUGGUGCCUUCCGCGAUGCCACUUCCAGGGGACCCAGAGAAGAGAGUGUCGCCGGCCGGGCUCCCCGCAUUCGGUGCACCCUCCCUGGGCCUGCACGGGCCCGGCAGCCCUGGCCUGCAGGCCCUGGUCCAGAGGGCUAAGACGGCAGCCCCCCUGACCGGCUCAGAGGGGAUGUCAGCCGUGGCCUCCCACCAGCCUCCCGUGGGGGCGAUCAGCGUGAUCGCUCCUGGCCAGGCGUACGGCUCACCUCUCCAGCCUGCCUACCCCAGCCCGGACGCCGGCCCUCUUAGCCCAGCCCUUCCCUCCUCCUCAGUCACCCUGGUGGACCCAGGCCACGCCAAACACCCAGGCCUGGCCCUGCCCUCCGGCCUGCCUUCCCCCUACACCCUCCCCCACAUCCCCGCCUCUGCCCUCCCCUCCCUGGGAGCGGCGGGGGUGGGACUGGCGCCCUCUCCUGGACAGCUACAGACGUUGCAGUCGGCGGUCCCCCCUUCCGUCCCCACCCACACCCCCGGGCCCGCCCCCAGCCCCAGCCCAGCCCUGACCCAUAGCACGGCGCAGAGCGACUCCACCUCCUACAUCAACAGCACCACCUGCGGAAGCGCCGGCGGCGGCAGCAACGCCCACAGCGCCGUCGUGUCCCAGCAGCAGCAGCAGCAGGGCCCGCAAGCGCCGCAAGCGCAGGCCACUCCUCCCCAGCCGCAGCCGCCGAUGGGCUGCGGGAGCUGCGGUUGCCGGGGCAACUGCGGCGGCGGCAGCGCCGCGGGGAACACCGCCGGCCACGCCUCCUUCUUCUUCCCGCCGCAGAUGGCGCCCCGGCAGAUGUUCGGCGUGCCGCCCCUCUUCCAGCUGACGUCGCUGUGCAGCAACAGCUACCUCACCACGGCCGCCCAGACCAACGGCGCCGCCCAGCUCCCCUUCUUCCCCCCGCCCAGCGCCCCGCCCCCGCCCUACCCCCCCCGCCGGCGCGCUAUGCACACGCACGGCCACUCGGACCACGUGCUGGGCGGCCAGGCGGCCGGGUACAGCCUCCAGCAGAUGGCGCCGUUCAGCCAGAGGUUCUACCAGCACGUGUACCCCUCCACCCUGGGCCUGGUGGGCGGCCAGGCGGUGGGGGGCCUGGGUGGGGCCGGCGUCAACAAGAAGAACGGCAACGUGUCCUGCUACAACUGUGGGGUCAGUGGGCACUACGCCCAGGACUGCAAGCAGCCCUCCAUAGACUCCUCCCAGCAAGGGGGGUUCCGGCUGAAGUAUCCGACCUCUCACGCCUCCGAAGCGCUCGACAACGCAGACUGACGAUGAAAGCCACCUUUCCUGGUCGACGCCACUUAAUGUUUCCUGCUCAGUGAGCGGUCUGCUGAAGAGCUUGUGCUCCCUGAGGGGGGCGGGGGGCGGGGGGCGGGGUUGAGUGGAGGGGGGUUAGAAGGAUCUCCUCCAGUCUCUGUCUUGGUUGUGGUUUUCUGACCUCCUGAAGGGGGCUGACGCGAGGUGCGAGGAUCCACCGGACAGCCUGGGUUCUUGUGCCUGAGGUGAACUUCCAACUGACAACCAGGAGAGCGCUUAUUGUGGCGCUCUCGUCUCCAUAGAGAUGACCUUUAACCCACAUCCCGACCCCACCGCUCUCUUCCCUCUCUGUGGCUUGUAGUAUUUAUGCACUGAAGACUGGCAGCGGAGAGCACGCUUGUGUUUACUAACUUAUUUGUGACGUUACUAGGAACACCACCUCUGUUAACAGCGGCUGAGUAGGAGAAUAUUUCUGUUGUCCUCGGAUUCUACGAAGAGCCAACUUUGAUCUCAGACUUAGGACUUUUCUAUUCUUAGUUUGUUUUAUACUACGGUAUAUUUAUGCCUACUUACGAUCAUUCUGUCGGCUAGAAUUGUUUUUAUUGUUUAAACCGAACAGCAGCUACGAACGAUUUAAAAUACAGAACAAAUAAAGGAAAUGUUAAAAAGAAAAAGAAAAAAAAGAAAAGCUGGAUUUGUUCCGCUGUUUUAUUUUGCUGUUUUUGAAUGUAAAACAUGGUUUUCAUUUCUUGUUGUCAAGAACUGGCGGUAUCAACAAAAAAAAGAGGUUUCUUGAUGAGCGUUUGCCACUUGAUAUAAUGUGAAAGGCAUAGCAAGCAUUAUGUCUGUCAAUGUUAAAAUGCUGCUGGUUUGUUCGAAAAACUUUAUUUUUUUCCCUUCGUUUCUUUGACAACAUGCACUAUAGCUACCAGGAACUCGUCUACAGUGCACUGAAAAAGUCCCUAAAACGAGCUCGGUUGCAGAGCAGUGGGGACAAGUGAUGACACUAAAACACACUACUACCCUGCUGAUGCAGGGGCCUUUCAAGUCUCCCCGGCUAUGUGGCUCACAAAUUUGCCCACGUAAAGAAACCCAUCUUUUAACGUGCAAUGUCGAUCCAGAGCCCGUCUUGCCAUUUCAAUGCAGAGCUGCUAUGCAGAACUUUGAACACUAGAGGGAGACAUUUUUUUUUUAAUCCAAUUUGGAAGAAAUCGUUCCAUUGCUUCAGUAUGCCUUUGACACUGUUUUGUCUUGUCAUCCAAGCGUAAUCAAACACACCUUCAGUAUUUGAAACUUUCUUUCAAAAAUAUUUGGUACAGGCCAGAGUGGUCAGGAUUAAGGUUGUUGAUGUGUAAUCAUUCAGUUUAUACCCAGGCUACUACUACCGCACUAGAGUGGCAAAUGAGGCCUUACCUAUACUUGGAGUUUGUUUUCUGCCCUCUUCGUCGAUAUUUCUUGACUGAUAUAGCUUCAGUGCAGAAGUUGGAUAUCUACAUUCAUUGAUAUAUCUGACUGUAUUGCAUAUGUUGUUUGUGCAUCGGUAAAUGUAGUGAAAUAUCUAUGCACACACACACACCCACACACCCAGUACAUUCUCUUUUUAACGUUGCAAUGUAUACAACCAUUAAAUGACAAUUGAACUCUUAAAGAUAUUUCUGAGUCAGGCGGAGGUCAGGAUUGGGUAGGUAGCCUACACAGAUGUGGGUAUGCCCCUAGACAGAACAAGGACGUUGAGAAUCAGUUUCACCUGUUUCGAAUUCUGGUGACGUAGGAGGCGACACGUUGCAAACACACACUUCCAGAAAGCAACUUAAUUUUUUUAUUUCUCAGAUGUCAUGAAUAGUCAACGUUUUCUUUGAUGCCGUUUGUCUUUAAACACAUGAAGACUCCCCUUUGCCCCCCCCCCCCCCCCCCCCCCCCAUUGCUGAAACACACAGACGUUUUUUUUGCUUGAUUUUGAACAAAAACAGAGAUCUGUUCCGACUCGCUUUUCAGAUGUCAUCUGUCAGUUUGGACGGCCUCUGCAGACAGCGCAGGGAGAAGACGUGGACCAUGUGUGAUGUGGUGAAUGAAGCACCAAUGAGAGCUUGGGGUUGUACAUAACGCGCCUACCAGUCGUAAUUGUUGAACUUUUAAAUGGGUUAAAAUGCUGUACUGUAUAUGGAAGGGUUCAAGUGGUACCCUUCAUUGUAUGUUUACUGUAUUCUUUGAUAUCUAAAUGUUAUGUACUGGAAAGGUCAAAUAUAUUUCUAGAGCAAAUUUGGAUUUUAUGCAAAUUGUUGAAACUGUUUCCUGGAAUUAACAGCAAUAAAUACAAAAUGCCACAAAGCUGUUUGGAGUUUUGUUUAGUUUUACAAGCCGUCUAAUUAGGGGCCUCGCUCAUAAUGUAACCAAAAGUAUGAUUUGUGAGACUGCAAAUUACAUAACUUAUUUGUAACAACUCUAAUAACGUAACUUUGUAAAAAAUGAGUGAAUGAAAAUCCCCCAGUCUUUACUGAAGAUCCUUUUUAUUCAUUUCAGUAGAAACCCCUACUCUUACGAGACUGCAGAUAGAAAACCAGAGAGUUGGACUAGCAGCAGGACUGGCUGGAUGCACACAGGCAAACAUAACUUCUUCUGGUAGGAGGGGGGGAGGGGGGUGCAUUGGAGAACAGUAGUGAGAAGCUGGGCUUCCACUUUCUGACACAUGGAAGGAAACCCCUUUUCACAUUCUCUCUCCUUACAUAAAAAGCAUACGAGACAAAGAUACUAAUAUGCACAUAUAUUAAAACAUAUAUUAAAACAUAUACACAUACAAAAGCUCUGGAAGGGAGCGUAACAACAGUGUUUUCUCUGAGUAGUGAAGUUUGAGGCCCUCUUCACGUUCCCAAACUUCCCAGGACAUCGCCUGGUAAAUGUCUACGAAGCGUCGCGUGAUCCAAUAUCACAGCGUUGGAGUCGGGGUUCUGGGGAAAUGUUUCCCCUCCAUGUUCUCCAUCUAUUCCUAGAGGGGAAUGGAGGAACUCUGCAGACCUGGAAGUACACUGGAGGGAAAAGGGCACGUGGGCUAUUUCAGGUGCCUGUUGAUCGUCUGUAAUCUAAGCUGGUUGACGGAACCGCUCACAUGAAGCGUGUCCCCAGACGCAUCCGUUUCCCAGAAUCCUACUGUGUCAAAGACGGUCAGUCCCACCCAGCUUCCCCCUCCUGUGUUUGAGCAGCUGGAAGGGAGCCAUGCUUUAGACUAGAUGUCUGUUAGAUCCACCUUCCAGUUAAACUGACGAUGGCCAGCUAGUUAAGUAAUCUGUUGAUUGGAAAGAAUCUGUGGUACGGAUGAACUCAAAUCAAGCCAACUACUGCUACAAACCACUGAUUGCUACAUUAUACAUAAUGACAACAUCGCAGUUAUUACUAUAUGGUGCUUUCAGUUUAACGGGCUUGAUGGAGAAGUUCAGUUCAGAGUUUCUGGGAACCACCAUACAGAGCACAGUGUGCAUCCCAAUCAACAGACCCCCUGGAGAGAAGAUCACUCAGCUUUGCAGACAACACCCUGAUCUUAGGAUCGGAGCUGACUGGAUAGUUAGCGAAACCAAGACAGAGAUGAAGGA